AUGCCAUCGAGGAAGUCAGAGAAACAGCCGCAGAUCGAGGCCGCUGUUGCCAUGGAGAAGCUGCAAGAGCUACUGCCAGAACUAGAAGAUAUUGGGGCUGAACAUGAGGACCUUGACCUACUUAAUGAUGUCCUCGGAGAUACAGAAUAUUUAGCUCUAGGGGAGAUCUAUGACAUCCUAACCAUGGAGCUUCCACGCUGUAUAGAUGACAGUGCAGCAGAAAACUACCACGACACGCUGGAGAUCGUGUCAGCUCGGGCGUCCACACACAAGGGCGCUAGAGAACUCAAAAAUAUUCUGGAACAACCUCACUUGAAGGCUUUGAUCUAUACACACGAUGACAUUGCCAGGAAAGCUUAUGAUGAAGUGUUCAUUGAUGACCUGGCACUGGUGGCUCCUCCCCCUCCUGUGUUUGAUGCUGUGGGGGAGCAGCAUCGCUUUGUUACCAUUAGAAAAAAUGGGAAGCAGCCAUUGGGUAUCACGGUCCGGCUUGAUGAGGACAAUGUGCUGGUUAUUGCCAGAAUUUUACAGGACAGUCUGGCAGAUAAACAGGGUCUACUGAGGGUUGGAGAUGUGGUUAAGGAAGUCAAUGGUAUUGCUGUAUUCGUGCCGGAGGACAUGAUGAUUGUUCUGAGGGAGGCGGAGAACUCCAUCACCUUCAAGAUUGUUCCCUCGGCCAUGGACCAGCAGUUCUCGGAUCCGGUCUACAUGAGAGCAUGUUUCAACUAUGACCCCGUGGCUGACCGACUGAUUCCCUGCAAGAAGGCUGGGCUUCCAUUCCGGGAAGGAGAUAUCCUUGAUGUUGUUGACAUGACAGAUGAAAACUGGUGGCAGGCCAAGCUGGCAGAGAUUCCUGAUGCGCCAGUUGGUCUCAUUCCCUCAAGAACAUUACAAGAGAAGAGGAGUGCAUAUGUGCAACCAGAGUUGACCAAAACUAAAACCAGUUUAUUAUGUGGGUUAAAGACGAAGAGGAAGAAGAAGAUUGGCUACAAUUCAGCAGAGACAACUGAAUUUGAUCGAUGCGACAUCAAAGUCUACGAGGAAGUUGAAAGGUCGAAGACACAUCGGUGUACUCUGCUAUUGGUGGGUGCUCAAGGGGUCAGCAAGCGAUCGCUAAAGGAGAGGCUUAUCCGAGACAAGCCCAGAAAAUAUGCAGCUGCAAUACCACACACAAGCAGGCCCAAAAAGCCCAACGAACAAGACGGGAAGGGAUAUUACUUCAUUGAUGGUGAAACCAUGGAAGCAGAAAUUAAGAAAAACAUGUAUGUUGACCAUGGUGAAUUUGGCGGUCAUCUUUAUGGCACAAGAUUAUCAACAAUCAGAGAAGUUAUCCGCAGCGGUAAAAUUUGCGUGCUGGACAUCUCAGCUCGGUCGUUGAAAUUCCUACAGUCACCAGAUUUUAAACCCUACAUCAUCUUUAUUGCUGCCCCAAGUGUGGAAGCUCUCAAGGUCAUGUACAGGGAAGGCCAGAAAAUCAACAACAAUCCAAAUGACAGAUCCGAAUUAUUUUUGGAGGAGAGGUUUAUUCGCACAGUCAAGGAGUCCCGGGAGAUGGAGAAGACAUACAAGGGCAUGUUUGACGAAAUUAUUCUGGACAAACAGCAUAAAUGGGUACCCGUGGAUUGGAAUGAUUGA